AUGCUGCGACAGCACUCCCCGCUGCUCACCCUAUGGGGUCUGCUCUCCCUCGGGUCUGUCCUCUCCCAGGAGUGCACCAAAUACAAGGUCAGCACCUGCCGGGACUGCAUCGAGUCAGGGCCCGGCUGCGCCUGGUGCCAGAAGCCGAACUUCCCGGGGCAAGGAGAGCCCGACUCCGUUCGCUGUGACACAAGGGCACAGCUGCUCUCUAAGGGCUGCGCAGCCGACGACAUCAUGGACCCCAGAAGUUUCGCUGAGACCAAGGAGGCCCAUGAGGGGGGCCAAAAGCAGCUGUUCCCACAGAAAGUGACACUCUACCUGAGACCUGGUCAGGAGGCUGCGUUCAACGUGACCUUCCAGCGCGCCAAGGGCUACCCCAUCGACUUGUACUACCUGAUGGACCUGUCCUACUCCAUGCUUGAUGACCUCAUCAAUGUCAAGAAGCUGGGGGGUGACCUACUCCGGGCCCUCAACGAAAUCACCGAGUCUGGCCGCAUUGGCUUCGGAUCCUUCGUGGACAAGACGGUGCUCCCCUUCGUCAACACACACCCCGAGAAGCUAAGGAACCCGUGCCCCAAAAAAGAGAAGGAGUGCCAGGCCCCGUUUGCCUUCAGGCAUGUGCUGAAGCUCACAGACAACUCCAACCAGUUCCAGACAGAGGUCGGGAAGCAGCUGAUUUCUGGGAACCUGGAUGCCCCUGAGGGAGGGCUAGAUGCCAUGAUGCAGGUCGCAGCGUGCCCGGAGGAAAUUGGCUGGCGUAACGUCACAAGGCUGCUGGUGUUCGCCACCGACGAUGGCUUCCACAUUGCCGGCGAUGGGAAGCUGGGAGCCAUUCUGACCCCCAACGAUGGCCACUGCCACUUGGAGGACAACAUGUACAAAAGAAGCAAUGAGUUUGACUACCCAUCGGUGGGCCAGCUGGCGCACAAACUAGCCGAAAACAACAUCCAGCCCAUCUUUGCUGUAACCAAGAAAAUGGUGCAAACCUAUGAGAAGCUCACUGAGAUUAUCCCUAAAUCGGCAGUUGGGGAGCUGUCAGAAGACUCCAGCAACGUGGUCCAGCUCAUUAAGAAUGCCUACAAUAAACUCUCCUCCAGAGUCUUUCUGGAUCACAACACCCUUCCCGACACCCUGAAAGUCACCUACGACUCCUUCUGCAGUAAUGGAGUAUCACAGGUGAACCAGCCCAAAGGGGACUGCGACGGUGUCCAGAUCAACGUUCCGGUCACCUUUCAGGUGAAGGUCACAGCCACAGAGUGCAUCCAGGAGCAGUCAUUUGUCAUCCGGGCACUGGGCUUCACGGACACGGUGACCGUGAGGGUACUUCCCCAGUGUGAGUGCAAGUGCAGGGACAGGAGCCAGGACCAAGGCCUCUGUAAUAACAAGGGCUCUGUGGAGUGCGGCAUCUGUAGGUGCGACGCUGGCUACAUAGGGAAGGCCUGCGAGUGCCAGACGCAGGGCCGGAGCAGCCAGGACCUGGAAGGGAGCUGCCGCAAGGACAACAGCUCCAUCAUCUGCUCGGGGCUGGGCGACUGCAUCUGCGGGCAGUGCGUGUGCCACACGAGCGACGUGCCCAACAAGAAGAUCUUUGGGCAGUUCUGCGAGUGUGACAAUGUCAACUGCGAGCGCUACAAUGGCAAAAUCUGUGGGGGCACUGAUCGUGGGGAAUGCCGCUGCGGCAAGUGCCUCUGCAAACCCGGCUAUGAGGGCUCGGCCUGCCAGUGCCACAAGUCCACCGAUGGCUGCCGGAACCUGCAGGGGUCUGUCUGCAGCGGCCGUGGCCAGUGCCUCUGCAAUGUGUGUCAGUGUGACGUAGGCUACCAGCUGCCCUUCUGUGAGGAGUGCCCAGGCUGCCUGUCGCCCUGCAGCCAGCACAUCUCCUGUGCUGAGUGCCUGAAAUUCGACAAGGGCCCCUUCAUGAAGACCUGCAGUAUGGAGUGUCAGAACCUGAAACUGCUGAGCGAGCCCCCCGAGCCGGGUCGGUAUAGGAAUCCCAAACUGACGCGGAAAUGCAGGGAGCGAGACUCGGAGGGCUGCUGGGUGACCUACACCAUGUGGCAGGUGGAUGGGAAGGACAAACAUGACAUCUACGUGGAUGAGAUUCGAGAGUGUCCGAAAGGUCCCAACGUAGCCGCCAUCGUGGGGGGCACUGUGGCAGGAGUUGUGCUGAUCGGUGUCCUCCUGCUGGUCAUCUGGAAAGCUCUGACCCACCUGAAUGACCUCCGGGAGUACAAGCGCUUCGAGAAGGAGAAACUCAAGUCUCAGUGGAACAAUGAUAACCCCCUUUUCAAGAGCGCCACAACGACAGUCAUGAACCCCAAGUUUGCUGAGAGUUAGGGGCACUUGGAGAAGAUAAGGUCAUCUGAACCAAACAGAUGGAAUCACCCCCAGACGACAUCUCCUCCAUCAGGCCAGCCAUGACCCUGCUCCCUGGAUGUGGCUUACAAUGCCUGACAAUUUCAUCUGUUAACUGAAAACCCACUGUUAUUUUCUGCCCUCAAAAUGACAGAUAUGGCCAGGUGAUUGUGUGGACUCCUCAGGAGACACGGUUCCCCCUCUGACACAUACAAUCUUCUGACAGAGACUUGCAAAAGGGAAUCCUGGAGUCUGAUGAACUUAGAUAUGUGUUUUCUUGUAUAAAAAUGCGGAUGGCAGUCUGAUGAAAGAUGGUAAAAUAUAUUUAUAUUUGCACUUACCAGGUUAUAAAAUUACAUCCAUUGAUUACACUGUUCCCUAAUCGUGUGUAGAAAACAUUAAUAAACUUUCCUAGAGUCUCUCCAUGGGAGCUUACUCUGCAGGAUAUGUCCUCCCUCCCCCACUCUGCUCUCAACACACUUAAAGAGUUCCAGCCGACUUCAGUCCUU